AUGGCCUCCGCGCGGCCCCCGGCGGCGCGCGCGCCCCCGCGCCCCCCCGUGCGGCCUCCCGCGCCGCCCGAGGUGGCAGUGCGGCCGGUACCGGCCACGAAGAGCAAGGCAGCGGAGGAGGGCGAUGCUCCCCCGGCCAAGAGAGCCCCCAUCUUCUAUGGCAGCUUGGAGGAGAAGGAGAGGGAGCGCCUGGCGAAGGGAGAGUCGGGUCUGCUGGGAAAGGAGGGAAUGAAAGCUGCGAUCGAGGCCGGCAACAUCAACAUCAGCAGCGGGGAGGUCUUUGAUCUCGAAGACCACAUGAGCGAGCGGCAAGCCGAGGUCCUGGCCGAGUUCGAGCGCCGCAAGCGAGCGCGGCAGAUCAACGUUUCCACGGACGACUCGGAAGUGAAGGCCUGUCUGCGAGCCCUCGGGGAGCCCAUCACGCUCUUCGGAGAAGGGCCGGCAGAAAGGAGGGAGAGAUUACGAAAUAUCCUUUCAGUGGUUGGCACAGAUGCCUUGAAAAAGAGUAGAAAAGAUGACGACAGGUCUAAAAAAUCCAAAGAAGAGUAUCAGCAAACCUGGUACCAUGAAGGACCACGCAGUCUGAAGACAGCCAGGCUGUGGCUUGCUAACUACUCACUCCCCAGGGCAGCGAAGCGGCUGGAAGAAGCCCGGCUGUUCAAGGAGAUUCCAGAGGCCACCAGAACAUCGCAGAGACAGGAGCUGCACAAAUCCCUGCGGUCCUUGAAUAACUUCUGCAGUCAGAUUGGAGAUGAUCGCCCGCUGUCCUACUGCCAUUUCAGUCCCAAUUCCAAAUUCCUCGCUACUGCCUGCUGGAGCGGGCUGUGCAAGCUCUGGUCUGUGCCCGACUGCAACCUCGUCCACACCUUGCGAGGACAUAACACCAAUGUCGGAGCAAUAGUCUUCCAUCCCAAAGCCACCAUCUCCGUAGACAAGAAGGACGUUAACCUGGCCUCCUGCGCGGCCGAUGGUUCUGUCAAACUUUGGAGCCUUGAGAGCGAUGAACCCGUGGCAGAUAUCGAAGGUCACACCAUGAGAGUGGCACGUGUGAUGUGGCACCCAUCUGGACGGUUCCUGGGCACUACCUGCUAUGAUCACUCCUGGCGCCUGUGGGACUUGGAAGCUCAGGAAGAGAUCCUGCAUCAGGAGGGACACAGCAAAGGGGUCUAUGAUAUCGCCUUUCACACGGAUGGGUCUCUUGCUGGGACUGGCGGCCUGGAUGCCUUUGGUCGGAUAUGGGACUUGCGCACGGGACGCUGCAUCAUGUUUCUGGAAGGCCACCUGAAGGAGAUCUAUGGCAUUAACUUCUCCCCAAAUGGGUACCAUGUUGCAACUGGCAGUGGUGACAAUACUUGCAAAGUGUGGGACCUCCGUCAGAGGAAGUGCAUCUACACCAUUCCUGCCCAUCAGAACCUGGUGACGGGGGUGAAGUUUGAACCCAAUCACGGAAACUUCCUGCUCACAGGCGCUUACGAUAACACAGCAAAGAUCUGGACUCACCCUGGCUGGUCUCCUUUGAAAACACUGGCUGGCCACGAGGGGAAGGUCAUGGGCCUGGAUAUCUCCCUCGAUGGCCAGCUGAUAGCGACGUGUUCGUAUGACAGAACCUUCAAGCUGUGGACAGCGGAAUAGCUCAGAGUUGCUGAUGAACUGGAACUGAGAUGUUAACAGCUUUGAACCUGGACUUUCUGACAUUUGGGCUUUUUUAUAUUAAAGAAAAAAUAAGGAAUCCGCUGUUGCAGGCACUUUAUGGUGGUUGUAGUUACUGCUUUGUCUUGGUUUUCCAGUUGAGGUGGUUUUGAAAGGUAUUUGCCAGGACUUGAUUGGAAUCAAAGUUACUUGAGUGUCUUGUGCUUUUUAGAACCUUUUUACACUCCAGACACUGCUUUUCUGUUGUAUUUUGGAGAUGAAUCAUCUACUCCUGUGCCUCGGCUUGGCUGCAUCAACAUAUCUGCAAGCGAGGCACACGGAUCUUCUCCAGUUGGUUUUUGAAUGCCUGGAGGAAGCUGUGUAACUCUUCAAUAUAGCACCUUGUAUAGCCUCUAGUAAUGUCCUUGCUACCUUCCCAGGAGCCUUGGGUAGGAGUCUGGCUGCAAGCUUGAUACUGGCUGUCAGAGUUAGUAGAAAACAGUGUCCUCCUCCUCCAUCUGUAAAGUUAGUCUCUCCCUGUGGAAGGCUGUAGGGUAUCCCCUUGGUGUUUACUCACAGUAGAGUUGAAGGGCUUUUUUUUUUUGUCUCCACUUUUCAAUGCGGCAUUACAGGCUCAUACCCUCGCUCCUUAAGCUGUCUCAAGAAUUAGGUGGUUCAAAUUCGUGCAGGUAUUGACUGAGGAUGUUGUGUGUCUCACCUGAGCUAAUGCAGAGCAGGCUCUUUCACUGUAUGCACUGUGAGGAGCUUUUGUUUAAACUUUAA